AGUAAAACCUGCCCUGGCUGGGUGUCUGACUUGGCCCUCGGAAAAGUGAAGUGUUUGCUGUGCCGCCUAUUGCUAACCGAACUUUCUUCGCCGUGUCGUUCGGAUUUCUUCAAGUUUUUUUUUUUAAAUUCUUGUUCGACGGUACCUGCUUGGCAACGUGCCUCUCUAAAACAUUUUUUGAGGGGAUGUUAGGCGAAGAUAAAAGUUCUUGGAGGAUCCGGUGAUCGGCAGCCAGUACCAGAGAUGGAUAAGCUAACCGAGAGCUGACUUGUUAGCCGAAAAGUCAAAGGUCAAGAAUAGGAGCGAAUGGACAUGCUAACGACGAGCUAGUUUAGCAUUCUACCGGCUAAUCGAGUGACUUUGUUAGCGUCCGACGAAAGCUGGCCGCUGUUUGCUUCCUCGGGCCUGGUUGCGACACCGCGAAUAGUUUGUCAAAAGGAAGCUAAUCCAGGAAGAAGCCCCUGCCUUGAAAACGGACUUUUGAUCCGGCCGGACGGAGUUGUUUUGACACGAGAGCUUGUCGCUUAGCCCUCAGACGAAAACAAUGCUAUCCAACGCACAGAACCAGCCGCUCUUUCCCAACCCGACCGGGCAACAGAAUCCCGCCGGACAGCCUAACCCUGCGGGCCAGUUUCUCCCCUUCCUGAGCAGACCCACCUUACAGAUAAAGAAAAACGCCAUUACAGACGAUUACAAGGUGACCAGUCAGGUGCUGGGGCUUGGAAUCAAUGGCAAGGUGCUUGAAAUCUUCCAGAGGAAGACCGGGGACAAGUAUGCACUAAAGAUGCUGCAGGAUUGCGCAAAAGCACGUCGAGAAGUGGAGCUCCACUGGAGAGCAUCGCCUUGUUCCAACAUUGUCCGGAUUAUUGAUGUCUAUGAAAACCUUUAUCAAAGCAGGAAAUGCUUGCUAAUUGUCAUGGAGUGCAUGGAUGGAGGCGAACUCUUCAGUCGAAUCCAGGACAGAGGGGAUCAGGCAUUCACAGAGAGAGAGGCAUCUGACAUAAUGAAAAGUAUCGGCGAGGCCAUACAAUAUCUCCACGCUGUCAACAUCGCCCACAGAGAUGUUAAGCCGGAGAAUUUACUGUACUCCACCAAGAGGCCCAACGCUUUGCUCAAGCUCACCGACUUUGGCUUUGCCAAAGAAACCACCUCACACAACUCCCUUGCUACUCCCUGCUACACGCCGUACUAUGUUGCUCCAGAGGUUCUGGGCCCAGAAAAAUAUGACAAAUCUUGUGACAUGUGGUCUUUAGGUGUCAUUAUGUAUAUUCUGUUGUGUGGGUACCCUCCUUUUUAUUCAAAUCACGGUCUAGCCAUUUCACCCGGGAUGAAGAAGAGGAUUAGGAUGGGGCAGUACGAGUUCCCCAAUCCUGAGUGGUCCGAUGUAUCAGAAGAAGCUAAACAGCUGAUCAGGACCCUCCUGAAGACCGAGCCCACCCAAAGAAUGACCAUCACAGAGUUUAUGAAUCACCCAUGGAUUAAUCAGUCCAUGGAAGUUCCUCAGACCCCCCUGCACACUAGCCGGGUGUUAAAAGAAGAGAAAGACGCGUGGGAGGAUGUCAAGGAGGAAAUGACCAGUGCCUUGGCAACCAUGAGGGUUGACUAUGAGCAAAUAAAGAUUAAGACCAUUGAAGACUCGACCAAUCCGCUGCUAACAAAGAGGAGGAAGAAAGCCAGCAACGCCAUUGCGGACGCUCAGUCGGCUGCUCACUAAGAUCCACUCGCAGAUUGUAAAAAGGAAGCAAUAAGUUGUCGGGGUGUGAGUCACACUGCAUGGAUUUUUCUCAGUGUUUUAAUAUGCCUAAUGUUUUGGAGAGUGCUCUUUUUUGUUUUAUCAAGCAUUUUAAUGCCCCACUUUUUAGAUAGGUUCUUGAUCUGUGGUUUUAGUUGAGCGAAGAGAUUAUCAAUUCAAAAAAGACGAGGAGAAGCACUCUGUUAUUUUAUUUUGAUUUUUUUUUUUAAUCUCAAAUGUCAUUUUAGCACUCGAGAGUAGACGGCAGUGUCUCGCUCCAACUCGUGAAUGUUAAACAAAAUGGCAAAAUCCCCAAAACGAAACGGAAGGCAGUCCUUGACAUAUACACCAUGUAAGCAAAUGUAUUUUGAACUGACGAGUGGAUUGUAAGGACUAUCUUGCCUGGAAAUGAGCAGGGACUGUUGGCUCAUUUUGUGUGUGUUUAAGGUUCUGUUUGUCUUAGUGAAUGUUCCUGGCAGGGCCUUUCUGACCUGUAGCCUCCGCUAACCUUUCUGGGCUCUCACCUGCCUUAAGACAUCCUCAUUACAGGUCCAGUCUCCGGGCAGAGAAGGUUGCGCCACACGCACGUAGCUAAAAAAGGAAAAAGAUUCAAUUGUAUUUUUUCACGGAUUUUUACAGACAUUUCCGCACAUGCCUUAUUCGACUUUUUGUUUGUGGCAAUUCGUAACGUCAUGUUUGGCUGCCAAAUUGCAAGUGGAUGCUAUGCAGAUGGUGCGUCGGCUUAAAGCACUGGCGAUGGUGUUGGGUAUCAUUCGAUCACUGUAUUAGAAAGAUGGGAAGUGUGUGUGUUCCUGUCCUCUGGUGUGAGAAGAACAGUGGGACACAAGUGGUUAGUAGCUGCCAUUCUCUAAUUUCUCUGAACAACAAGUGCACCUCCAAACGUCCUGCCCGAAAGUACAAAAGAGCAUCUCUUCGUUGUGACACACCAGCAGCAAGCUAUCGUCACAAUCACGGGUGUAAUUGAUGGUUCCUCUUCAGUGUUCUCUCCAUUUAGGACCUCCCAGCUCACUUGGGAUCACGGGAACGGAUUGUGUUCCUUCAUUUUUCUUUCUCUUUGUAAGUACACCAACAUUCUGUAGCACAUAUUUCGCACUGUAAAAAAAUGUAUGUUGACAAAAUCUUUCACUUUUUUUUCCUGCACAUUUUAGUCUUUUUUUUCUUUUUUUUCUUUCUGUUCAAUUGCAACUGCCAUACUUUUGUCUGCUUGCUUUCAAUUAAAACAUACAAACCAG